AUGUUAGAUAACAUAAAUAGUAGCACAGUAUGUCAUUUCCAUGAAGCUGCAUCAAAGUAUAACCAGCAGAAACUGGUACUGGCUUGUGAGAGAUGGUUGGAGUUAAAUCUCAUUGUACAUCUAAGAUAUGAAAUCACUUUUCGAAAUCUGCAUAAGGAUGUUUUGCAAAAAACUUUGUUAUCACCUAGAUUGUUUACUUUUUCUGAAUACCACGUGCUACAAACUAUCCUCUGCUGGAUUUUCCUUCAGGUGAACACUGAGAUACGGCUAGUACCACCAUAUAGUGCAAUCAUAACCUAUUUCAUCAGGUUAUCUGUUCCUACAUCUCACAUGGACAUCGCCAUGACUGGAGGUAAUGCGACCUUAAUUCAAAUACAAAAGAUUGAGUACGAGGGGACAGCAACUGAACUUUCAACUAGUUCAAGAGCAGCAACAACCAGUGGCAGUUGCAUAUCCUCCAGAGGCACACAUAGCAGCCAAACAUCCACCAAGGAAAUACAAUAG